CCUAGGCUAUUUAGGUGGCCCAGAGAGCUUGACGUGGCAUUUACUGUUUUUUUAAAGGCAGGGUGGGAUUUGAACUAGUGGCUUACUUUGCGUUUUGUGGGGAUUUAAUGGGCAUUGAACCCAGAGAUUUGGCCGCGUUCGCCAUCAGAAACCUUUUAAGGUCCUGUUAAUGACACUUUGAGAGCGAUAUGGCUUAAAGGAGACCUGAGCAAUUGGCUCGACAGGUGGAAGAGGGCUCCGGAAUUGGAGGCCGAGCUCCAGCGUACUUGAAUCUCUCUCUGCCAGCGAAAGCAGCUUUGGACUUUUCUCCGCCUUAGUUUCCUGGAUCAUCCGCUGGGGCUGUUGGAGAGCUUGAGAACCAGUCUCUCCUACGCGUGUACAGCCAAGGCAAAGUCCAGGGCUAGAGUGUCAGAGGGGCGAGAUGUUGUGAUCCCAGCUAACAGGUCUCCUCUGCUGGUUGAAAUGUCCAUGAUUUUAUCUGCAUCAGUCAUUCGUGUCAGAGAUGGGCUGCCACUUUCUGCUUCUACUGACUAUGAACAAGGCACAGGUGUGCAGGAGUGCAGAAAGUAUUUUAAAAUGCUCUCAAAGAAACUUGCUCAGCUUCCUGAUAGAUGUACACUGAAAACUGGACAUUAUAACAUUAAUUUUAUUAGCUCUUUGGGAGUGAGCUACAUGAUGUUGUGCACUGAAAAUUACCCAAAUGUUCUGGCCUUCUCUUUCCUGGAUGAGCUUCAGAAGGAGUUCAUUACUACUUAUAACAUGAUGAAGACAAAUACUGCUGUCAGACCAUACUGUUUCAUUGAAUUUGAUAACUUCAUUCAGAGGACCAAGCAGCGAUAUAAUAAUCCCAGGUCUCUUUCAACAAAGAUAAAUCUGUCUGACAUGCAGAUGGAAAUCAAGCUGAGGCCCCCUUAUCAAAUUUCCAUGUGUGAACUGGGGUCGGCCAAUGGAGUCACAUCUGCAUUUGCUAUUGACUAUAAAGGUGCUGGUAAGAUUUCUUCUGCUCACCAGCGACUGGAACCAGCGACUCUGUCAGGGAUUGUGGCAUUUAUUCUCAGUCUUUUAUGUGGAGCUCUGAAUUUAAUUCGAGGUUUUCAUGCCAUAGAGAGUCUUUUGCAGAGUGAUGGUGAAGAUUUUAAUUACAUUGUUGCAUUUUUCCUUGGAACAGCAGCCUGCCUUUACCAGUGUUAUUUACUUGUCUACUACACCGGCUGGCGGAAUGUCAAAUCUUUUUUGACUUUUGGUUUAAUCUGUCUGUGCAACAUGUAUCUCUAUGAACUGCGCAACCUGUGGCAGCUUUUCUUUCACGUGACUGUGGGAGCAUUUGUUACACUGCAGAUCUGGCUAAGGCAAGCCCAGAGCAAGGCUCCUGAUUACGAUGUCUGACCCCAUCCUUCAGACAUACUGACCUGGCCUCCAGGGGAAAAGGAGGGAGCGUAUCUUAACUGCCACUGUGAUGAAGAAACUGUUCACCACACUCGAGGAGCUCUGCUUUCUUUCUCGCCAGCUAUCCUUUUUGUUUUAAGUCCGCAUGGCAUGCCUGGGAGCGUGCAGCACCCGCUAGGCAAACUCCUCAUGUUAGUCAUGGGAUUAUUAUUCAGAGGAGGAGGAGGCUUCUCUCUCCAGGGCCACGAUCGUGGAAGAACAGUCAGAAGCCAUUUGGAGACUUGGCCAGCGGUCCUUACUCCUUCUGAAGAGUUCAAUCAAAAAAUGUGUGUGGUACAUGCUCUGAGGACCAAGCGGGAACUCUACAGUCUGGGUUCGCCUUUGUGAGGCAUGAGUAUAGCCCAAAUAAAAACAUGCUGUGGAGUUUGUGUUUAAAA